UAAUACACUGCGCCAACGUAAACCAAACAAAAGCAUAGGCCUAGCUACCAUAGUGAAUGUAGGCUACUCUGAAUUCCCAGGUAGUCUAGCCAGGUAGUUCGCAGCUGUGACAUUUCGAAUUCGGUCCACAGACGCCUAGAUCUAGUCGGCCCUCAAGAAACUAGCCCAGCCCACGAUGAAGCUAUGAGUGUUGAUUAUUUUGCCAUUGGGGCUACGGUCAUAGCUUCUGCCUUUUUAAUAGGAUGGCUGUGCCAAUGGGCCAUUCACAUUGUUUCUAUUUGUUUCGGCCUUUGUCAUCUUUAUAAGAAGUUAGAACCAGUCAUCCCGAAAGAAAAACUACCAGGGAUUUCUAUUAUCAAGCCACUGACAGGUGUUGACAUUAAUUUGAAAAGUAACUUGGAAACAUUUUUCACACAGACUUAUCCUGUUUAUGAAUUGUUGUUUAGUGUUCAGGAUGACAAUGAUCCAGCAAUCCUUGUAGUUAAAAGUUUGAUUGAUAGUUACCCUAAAGUAGAUGCCAAACUUUUUAUUGGUUUAAAAAAUGUCGGACCAAAUGGGAAAAUUAACAACAUGGUUAGGCCAUAUGAAGCAGCUCAAUAUGAUAACAUUGUUAUUUCUGACACUGGGAUUAAAAUGACACCCACAACCCUGUAUGAAAUGUACCACCUUCUGAAGCCUGAUGUAGGAUUAGUUAUCCAGAUGCCUUACUGUGCCACAAGAAAAGGGUUUGGUGCAGUUUACCAGCAGGUUUACUUUGGAACUAUGCAGGCCAGAAACUGUUUGAGUGCCAAUGCAGUUGGCAUCAACUGUUCUACUGGCAUGUCUAGUUUACUGCGACGAGAUGUCCUGGACAAAGCCGGAGGCCUGGCUGAGUUUGGGAAGUAUCUUGCAGAGGACCAUUUCAUGGCAGAGGCCAUCAGAGCUCAAAACUAUAAAGUUGUUCUGGCAACAACACCAGCUCUACAGAACUCAGGGAAUUGUUCUAUAUCUGAAUUCCACAAUAGAUUAGUUAGGUGGGCCCAACUUCGAAUGACGAUGGUGCCAACUUUAAUAUUCCUUGAACCUCUAGGAGAGAGUGUUGUGUUAGGGACUUUCACAGCUUUGGCAGCCAAUUUCAUUUUUGAUAUUUCUCCAUUGGCAUUCUUUUUAGGACACUUUUUACUGUGGUUUCUCAGUGAUUAUAUUCUCUUCAGAAUUGUGGAGAAUGGUCCCAUGCCUUUCUCAAAGUUUGAGUACGUGGUGGCGUGGCUUCUGCGUGAGUUCCUCUCCCCUUACAUCAUUCUCAUGGGUCACUUAAAGGACCAUGUGGUGUGGAGGAACCGGAGAUACAAGAUCAAGUGGGGUGGGAAGGUUGUGGUGGAUAACAGUUUAGAAAAUGUGUCUGUGUCAUGAAGGUUAUGUUUGGGCAUGCUGGUGUGUAUGUGCGUGUGUGCUUUGGCAUUUGUAUGAAAUCUUUGAUCACGCAAAUGAGGAAUUGUAAAAAUUGUAAAUAAGAUUUUAUGUUAGGAAGACAGGAGUGAACGGGAGCAUGUCCCAGAAAUAAAAUUAAUGAUAUGCCUUGAUGUAGCAGAAUUUCAUUGUUAUCUGAAAUCAAAAAAGUUUUAUUAAUUUAUUUAUAUUGGAUUUUUAACUAAAAGUCUUGACCUUAAUUUGAUAUUUAAUUGCAAUCCAAACUCAAAAAAGUUUAAACUUAAAUUUCAAAUACCUAUUUUUUUUGUAUUUUUAACACUAACCAGAAAAACAUUUUAAAAAGUUGUGAUGUUAACUGUAUUUAAAGGACAGCCUCUGUCUAGUUAGAAAACUCCCUGUACUUACCACCAGAACUAUUGUGGACAUGUCUUAGGUUUGUGUCAUUAAUUUUAUUUUCUUGUUGUCUACUUGUUUUAUUUAUCAACCUAUUUUUAUCAAAUGUUCUAAAGUAAUCAACCAGGCUGAUUUGUAACCUUGUUUCAUGUAUUUACACCCUGCGCUUCCAAAAAUUUUCUUUCUUCAAACUGUUUACUUAAGUGUCUAUUGUUUUGUAGAGUGGCUUUAGAUAAUAACAGCGGGUUGCAUAAUGAACUAAACAGUGCAAUCUAUAUGUGACCAUAGUCAUCUCUAACACCAAUUUUGUACACUACUUUAAUGGAUUAAUUUAUAAGCUUUUAAUAAUUUUUUGUUGUUAAGAAACUUGAAAAAGUUGACAAAAAAAACGUCAGUGCGAGACAAGAAUGUUUAUGUUCUUCUGUGAAUUUCUGUACUCUUUUAUCUUAGGGAGCUUGUGCUAUGAAUAAUUUAGGAUAAUUUUUGUGCUAAGUGUGGAUAAUGUGUUGAACUCUUCUAGGAUAAGGUGUUGUGAUACAGGAUAUCAUGUUGCGAAUUGAAUGAUUUAAGAUAACAUGCAGUGAUUUCAGAUAAUUUAUGAUGUUAUUCAGCAUAGCUCCUUGUGUUAUGUUCUAGGAUUUGUGCUAAAAGCUAGGUUGUGCAUAUAUUGAAGCAUGCAUAUUUUUUUGAAAGUUUGAUAAUGUGAAAGGGGAAAUCUGUGCUCGUUUAGAGGGUACUCUAUUCCUUCAGUUAUUUAUUUAUUUUCAUGACAUUUGAAAUGGCAUGUCUAAUGUCAUUGCCAACUGAGAAUGAAUAUGACUUGUCAUCUGUCAGUGGCUUGAGUUGCCGUAGCUGAUAUUGAUAAUGAUCUUCUCCUUCUGUGUUGGUCUGAUUUCACUGAUUUCAGUGGCUCACAACAUGACGACCUUCACCUUGGUUUGUGACUUUCUUAUUACUUUUUAUCCAACUUUCAUUUUAAGAAAUAUCUCUUCAUUAUCAGAUUUUCCUAACCUAGAGAAAAGUUCAGGCUCUGAGUAACUUUGGCAGUUUUUGAAAAAACAUAUGGCUAAUCAUAAAUUGAGAAUAAUUUACAGCAUCAGACUACUGUGUCUUUUAUGAAGGCUAGAGAAAGUUUUAAUUAUUUAUUUGGUUGCUGCUAGCAUAAAAACACAACAUUCCAUUGUUUCUGUUAUUGUAUGUGUGUUGCCCCAUGUUAUAAUGUAAGCAGCAAAACACAUCAACAUUCCAUUGUUUCUGUAAGUGUGUGUGUGUGUUGCCCCAUGGUAUAAUGCAAGCAGAAGAAUGUAUAAACAUUCCAUUGUUUCUGUUAGUGUGUAUAGGGCGCUGGUAGCCUGGGUUGUGUGCACAUUAAAACAAAAACUUCCUAGAAAAGACUAUUUGGAAUAGGUCUUCUUUAAAACUUCUAUAUCAUUCAAAAGAUAUAUAUUUACAUCUAUAAAUUAAAAAAAUAUAUAUAUACACAUGUAUAUUUAGAACAAAAAAAGCUAACCUAAAGAUAUCUACAUUUUAUACAGAUGUAUUUGUGUGUGUAUGGCUUGUUUUAUGUAAAUAUUUAAAUAAAACCAUUUCCAUUGA